AUGCAGUGUUUAUUUCAGUAUCGGCCGGCGGCACGAGUGUGGGCGAAGAGGGGAAUAGCGAGCAAUGUGGAUAGUAAGGCGGUGGAGAAGUUGCCGUUGGCUGGAGUAAAGGUGUUGGAUAUGACGAGGGUGCUUGCAGGGCCGUAUUGUACGCAGAUUCUUGGGGACUUGGGGGCAGAUGUUAUCAAGAUUGAGCAUCCGACUAGAGGUGAUGACACGAGAUCUUGGGGGCCACCGAAUGCACCGUAUAUUGAUGGGGUGGAACGGCAGUUUCCAGGGGAGAGUGCGUAUUAUCUUUCUGUAAAUCGCAACAAGAAAUCCGUGGGCCUCGCCUUUAACAACCCCACCGGAACAUCUAUCCUGCACAAACUAGUCCAGCAAUGCGAUGUGCUGGUGGAAAACUAUCUCCCCGGAUCACUUGCAAAAUACAAACUCGACUACGCUACCCUCUCGGCACUUAACCCGUCACUCAUCUAUGCAUCGGUGACGGGUUACGGGCAAACCGGGCCGUAUCGUGACCGUGCAGGCUACGAUGUCAUGGUGGAAGCGGAAAUGGGGCUCAUGCACAUUACGGGCGAGCGAGAUGGACCGCCCGUUAAGGUCGGGGUUGCGGUUACGGAUAUCAUGACGGGCAUGUACACGGCAAUUGGGAUUCAGGCGGCGCUCUAUGCGCGUAAGAGUACGGGGCUGGGUCAGUGGAUUGAUGCGAGUUUGAGUGAUGUGCAGGUUUCUGGGCUGGCGAAUAUUGCGAGUAGUGCGUUGGUGACGGGUAAAGGGGAUAGUGGGAGAUGGGGUACUGCGCAUGCAACCGUAGUGCCGUACCGGGCAUAUGCAACAAAGGAUACCAACAUUGCAGUAGGCGGAUGUAAUGAUCGCCUCUUCAAAAUCCUUUGCGAUAAGCUGUCACAUCCGGAAUGGGCGACAGACCCACGUUUCUUAACGAAUGCUCUUCGCGUACAACAUCGCACCAUACUUGACGACAUGGUGGAAGCAGAGCUCAAGACCAAGACGACAAAAGAAUGGCUGAAUAUCUUUGAAGGCAGCGGAAUGCCGUAUGCGGCUGUCAACGACAUCAAGGCAACUGUAGAGCAUGAGCACGUGCUUGCAAGAGGCAUGAUAGAAGAAGUUGAUCACAAAGCUCUUGGAAAAGUCAAACUUGUAAAUCAUCCAGUCAAGUACUCAAGAGCAGAGCCCAAGAUUCGAAUGCCGCCGCCAUUAUUAGGCGAGCAUACGGAUGAAGUCUUGAAGGAGGUACUGGGAUACGGGGAGGAUGAAAUCAAGGAGUUGAGAGAUACUGGCAUUGUUGCAUAG